AUGAUCAUCGGUGCUGAAUUGUUCUUUUCGUUGCUAGAACAACAGCAAAUUACUCUCGACAAUGGAUAUCCACUUCUCCAGAAAACAGUGCUGGGAUACAUCAUAUGUGGCAAGGUCGUUGAUCCCCCGCCUUCCCAUGCAGUUGAAAAUAGUUUCGUUUGUACAAAUGAGAUGCUGAGCCAGCAACUGGAGCGCUUCUGGGAAGUUGACAAUUUUAAUACUGGAAAGGUUUAUAGUCCCGAUGAGCAACAUUGUGAAGCACACUUUCAACAAACCGUCGAGCGAGAUCAAGACGGUAGAUAUAUAGUUCGUUUGCCUUUGCGGGAGGAAAUGCUACCACUGUUGGGAGAUUCGUAUCCCGCCGCACUUCGUCGUUUUCUCACCAUGGAAAGAAAGUUUUCAAAAGAUGAAAGUCUCCGCAAGGCAUAUCACGAUUUCAUACAGGAGUGCGAAACGCUUAGUCACAUGGAGGAAGUGAAUCCAUCCGCGUCGCGUAGCCCACAGUUUUUCUUGCCCCACCAUGCCAUCCACCGACCUGAGAGCUCCACUACGAAAAUACGAGUCGUAUUCGAUGGAUCCUGCCGAAGCCCAACCAGCCUGUCGCUCAACGAAGCACUCUUCGUUGGACCAACUAUACAGCCAGCUCUGUAUUCUAUCGUCGUCAACUUUCGUUUGCCUCGGUACGUCGUCACUGCCGACGUCGAAAAAAUGUUUCGGCAGAUUUGGAUCCACCCGGAUGAUCAAAGGUAUCAGCAGAUUGUAUGGAGAAGAUGUCCCACAGAACCGAUUCGUGUUUUUCAACUAAAAACCGUUACGUAUGGACUAGCAAGCUCACCAUUUCAUGCUGCACGCGUGUUGAAUCAAUUGGCUACUGAUGAAGGAAAACAUUUUUCGCAAGCGGCUCCCGUAAUUCGUAAUGGAAUGUAUGUAGACGAUCUACUCACCGGCCAAGACAAUCUGGGUACUCUCGCCGAAACCUGUCACCAGUUGAUGAACAUGCUACAACAAGCUGGUUUAGUGCUCCGGAAGUGGGCAGCCAAUGACUCGGCUGUUCUCGCAAAUAUCCCUCGUCAGCUUUGGGAAACCUCGCCUGAACUCGAACUUGAUCGCUCGCCGACCGUAAAAACAUCGGGACUGUUGUGGUCUCCGCUGACAGAUACCUUCAAAUUCAAGAUUCCAGUACUACCGGAGCUGAAUACUAUUAGCAAACGAGUCGUCGUGUCCGAGAUGUCCCAAUUGUUCGACCCGCUCGGUCUUUUGGGCCCUGUUGUAGUGAAGGCCAAGAUGUUCGUUCAAAAAUUGUGGGCCGAAAAUCUGCAGUGGGAUGAAAUGAUGUCUGAUCAAGACGCUGCUUGGAGGCGAUCUUAUCGCUCCGAGCUCGCUCAUUUACAAACCCUCUGCGUGCCACAUGUCGGAAUACUAGCUAGCGGAGUGCAGAGUGACAGCGUCGAUCGGCAACAAAGUACAGCGCUUCUUAGUGUCCAUUCUGGUGGUUUGUACGGCAACCACAUACCACUCAACCAAACCUGUGGAGUGUCGGCCACGUGGGCGCUGCGGUUUAUUACGUCGGCCACAAUUGCUACUGUACGGUGCGUCAUAAGAGUCCUGUCAACGUCCCGAGCGAGUCUACAGCCCUCUACAGUCACCACGGUCAUCACGGUCAUCACGGUCGUCUCGUCAGCGGAUAAUCCAGCUGAUCGUAUAUCUCGAGGAAUGCUGGCGAGUGAGCUCUCGGAAAGCAAUUUGUGGUGGCAUGGUCCGAGCUUUCUGACACAACCCAUCGACCGCUGGCCCGAGGCAGCGAUGUCACCACCGGACGCAGUGGAACUGCAAAUCGAAUCUAGCCCUGCUGUCACUUUUCUUGUCACCAAUAUUGACUCAUUGUUUGGACGGUUCUCGGAUCUUGCCAAAUUAACCAGAACCGUAGCAUACUGUUUUCGAUUCGUGCACAAUGCUAAAAGCGCCAAGAACAAACGUAACGUCGAUCCGCUAACUCCUGACGAAGGAGACCGAGCUCUAAAGGCUCUCAUUCGGUAUGCACAGUUGACAGCUUUCCCCAACCAAAUUGUCUGGUAUCAAAAGGUAGACGACCCGACAACAAAGCCUAGCAGAAACUUGUGGAAAUCGCCACUCAAAGAUUUGAACCUAUUCCUAGACCCGGUCGGUUUACUCAGAAUAAACGGAAGGUUGUCGAACAUGGAUGCGCCUUACGAUUCACGUUUCCCAAUAAUUUUGCCAGCCGAUCAUCAGCUUAGCUGGCUCAUAGCUCGGUCCAAUCAUGUCCGCACUCUACACGGAGGUCCCUCGCUUACUCUCGCUACUAUGCGUCAACGGUUCUGGCCACUUCGAGGUCGUCAACUAGCUCGGCAUGUGGUACGCAAAUGCAAGACAUGCUUCCGCUGUCAACCACGGCUAGUACAGCAAAUCAUGGCUCCAUUACCUGCUGUACGCGUCAGGCCUGCUACACCAUUUCUGUAUUCUGGGCUUGAUUACUGUGAGCCGUUUUUCGUACGUCCGUUGAGUGGACGGGGUACGUCGGUCAAGAUUUACGUCGGUUUAUUCGUAUGUCUAGUGGUGAAGGCUGUGCACCUUGAACUUAUCGCCGAUGUGUCGUCAUCCGCUUGUAUUAACGCCGUCAAGCGAUUCGUGGCACGUCGUGGUCGUGUACUCGAACUGCAUUGCGAUAAUGCAACCGCUUUCGUCGGGGCGGAUCGCGAGCUUCGAAACAUGCGAAAGGAGUUUCUCCGUCAGUUUCAAACCGAGGACUGGAAAGGCUACUGCAUUGAAAACGGAAUCACGUUCCGUCAUAUUCCGGCCCGCUCUCCGCACUUCGGCGGAAUCUGGGAAGCUGGAAUCAAAUCGUUUAAGUUCCACUUCCGUCGCAUCAUGGGCAACCGCUCAUUCAGCAUAGACCAACUACAAACUAUCGUUGCCCAGAUUGAAUCCGUCCUCAAUUCCCGUCCUCUUUCCCCGCUUACAGACUCUGCGGAUGAUUUAUCUAUUCUAACUCCUGGACACUUCCUUGUUGGCGAAUCCCUAAUAACCAUAACAGAACCUGAUUUGACCAGUCGUAAUCCUAAUCGACUUUCACGAUUACAGGAGAUGAAAAAGGCAGUCCAAGACCUCUGGAACUACUGGCAUCUAGAUUACCUCAGCCAUCUGCAGCAACGAACAAAGUGGAGACGAUCUAAACCCAACGUGAGCUUGGACAGUUGGUGCUCACUUAUCAACUGUCAUGUGCGACCGGAGGAGGAGUACGUAAUCGCCAAUCUCGAACUGGAGGAUAGCGUUCGCACAAUCAUUCAUGAGUCGGAUUUUCCGAUCUCGUUCAAUGCCAUUCAGAAAGACACCAAAGGCGACGACACCGGGAAACGUGCAAGUACCGUUGUCUAUCCUUCCGGACAGUUGGGGUCUCCGCCCUAG